AUGUCUGGACACCAGUACAAAUUCAACGUCAGCAUGAGCUGCGGUGGCUGCUCCGGCGCCGUGGAGCGUGUCCUGAAGAAACUGGACGGUGUCAAGGAGUACAACGUCUCGCUCGAGACACAGACCGCUGACAUCACGGCCGAGGACUCGCUGUCCUAUCAGACGGUCCUAGAGAAGAUCAAGAAGACCGGCAAGACCGUCAAUUCCGGCGAGGCUGAUGGUGUUUCUCAACCCGUGUAG